UCUUUGAAGUUUGGUUAACUAAUUGUACAGUAAUAUAACCUACUCCUGUACGCUUUUCUUACUCUCUAAGCUAGCGCGCACAUCCCCACCAUUUUAUUGCGCAUUCAAUCCGUAAUGGAUCCUGUCUCAGUAGUGAAUCGUCAGUAAAUCAGAGCAAAAAAAAUACAGGUCGUACACUCGUACAAUAUAUGUUGUUGAUGUUGUUUCAAUGAAAAGUAUUAUACAUACAUAUAUGUAGUGUGUUAUUAUAGUGUGCUAUAAUUAAUUUGUAUUUUCUAUCAAUAUGGUUUGAUUAUCCAUUAAAUAUGUUAAAGAAAUGGCAUCCGGUAAGAGUACGAGGGAGGUUUUGUUGUCACUUAUAGACGACAUCGAACUGAUAGCAAAAGAAAUGAUUGAAAAUACAAUAGCUCAAAAGCCUUUGAAACUGUCGAGCGAAGAGCAUGCACAGUUAACCGAAUUGUUGAUAGCUAAGGACAAUGAAUUGAAAGCAACUCUGAAUCGUGCAGAUGAACAAGCAAAAAUUAAUCUGAAGAUGGAUGCUCUUAGAGCAGAAGUUGAAAGACAAGAUCAAGAUAUUCGACAACUACAGCGGCAAUUGAAAGAAGCUGAACAAAUUUUAGCUACAGCCAUUUAUCAAGCCAAACAGAAAUUACAAUCGAUCGCUCGUGCCAAUAAACGACCUGUUCCUUCGGAGGAACUGAUCAAGUAUGCGCAUAGAAUAAGCGCAUCGAAUGCCAUUUGUGCUCCAUUAACGUGGCAACAAGGGGAUCCUAGAAGACCGUACCCGACAGAUAUUGAAAUGAGAUUAGGAUAUCUCGGACGAUUGAGCGAUCUUCCUCUAAACGGUCAAAUGCUGGGUUCACAUCCUGGAAUAUCAUCGGAUUUGCAUAGAACUGGGCAUCCUGUAGGAGAACCACCGGUGUCGCAGGCUAAUCAAUUCGCUUGGCAUCCGUCCGGUGAAAUCCAUUUGUCGGUUAGCGGACAAGGUAGCGUAGCAAUGAAUACUCACAAACAAGAAACCGAAGAUGUUGAAGUUAUGUCGACAGAUUCUUCGAGCAGUUCGUCGAGUGACUCGCAGUAAACUAAACAUUGUAUGUUAUCGUAGGAAUAAAUUUUUUUACUGACUACACGUUA